GGCGGGCGCCAGGCAGGGGCGGGCGCGCGCGGUGCGGCCAAUCAGCGUCGCCCACGACCCUUGCCGGAGGAGCUGGAGCCGCCGCUCGGUUGGGCCCGGCCCGGAGCCGCCACUGUCGGGACGGGGGGCGGCGACGGAGGAGGAGGAGGAGAUGGUGUCCCCCGCUGCCUCCGCCGGGCGCCUGGGCUCCGCGCUGCCCUUCCUGCUCGUGCUCCUCGACCUGCAGUACCAGGGAGCUGAGUGUGGAAUAAAUGCAGAAGUAGAAAAACAACUUGAAAUGGGGAAGAAAUUAUUGGCUGCUGGACAGCUGGCAGAUGCUUUGUCUCACUUUCAUGCGGCUAUAGAGGGAGACUCUGAGAACUACAUUGCUUAUUACAGAAGAGCCACAGUAUACUUAGCCAUGGGCAAAUCUAAAGCAGCAAUUCGUGAUUUAAGUAAAGUGGUUGAAUUAAAGCAGGAUUUCACAUCAGCAAGAUUACAAAGAGGACACUUACUGCUUAAGCAAGGAAAAUUUGAUGAAGCAGAGGAUGACUUUAAAAAUGUGCUCAAAUCCAAUCCUAGCAAUAAUGAGGAAAAAGAAGCCCAGACUCAGCUGACAAAAUCUGAUGAGCUGCAGCGCCUACAUUCACAAGCAUUAUCUGCCUACCAGCAAGAGGAUUACGGAGCUGCUAUUUCUCUUCUUGAUGAAAUCUUGGCAGUUUGUGUUUGGGAUGCAGAGCUACGGGAACUUCGAGCAGAGUGUUAUAUAAAGGAAGGGGAACCAAGCAAAGCCAUUAGUGACUUGAAAGCUGCUGCCAAAUUAAAGAAUGAUAAUACUGAAGCCUUCUAUAAAAUCAGCAGAAUAUAUUAUCAGCUGGGGGACCAUGAAUUAUCUCUCAGUGAGGUCCGGGAGUGUCUGAAACUGUACCAAGACCAUAAGCAAUGCUUCUCUCUCUAUAAGCAAGUAAAGAAACUCAAUAAGCAGAUCGAGUCAGCAGAGGAAUUCAUCAGAGAAGGCAGGUAUGAAGAUGCUAUCAGUAAAUAUGAAUCUGUAAUGAAAACUGAGCCAGAAGUCCCAAUUUAUUCUACUCGUGCCAAAGAAAGGAUCUGUCACUGCUUAUCAAAGAAUCAGCAGGCUACAGAAGCCAUCAAACUUUGUUCAGAAGUUCUGCAGCUGGAACCAACCAACGUGAAUGCCCUGAAAGACAGAGCAGAAGCUUAUUUGCUAGAAGACAUGUAUGAAGAAGCUAUUAAAGACUAUGAGACUGCUCAAGCCAAUAGUGAAAAUGACCAGCAGAUUCGGGAAGGGCUGGAACGUGCCCAGAGAAUGCUGAAGCAAUCACAGAAGAGGGAUUAUUAUAAAAUCCUGGGAGUAAAAAGAAAUGCUCGAAAGCAAGAAAUCAUAAAAGCUUAUAGAAAACUGGCAUCCCAGUGGCACCCUGAUAACUUCCAGAGUGAGGAAGAAAAAAAGAAAGCAGAGAAGAAAUUCAUCGAUAUCGCAGCUGCGAAAGAAGUCCUCACUGACCCAGAAAUGAGGCGGAAGUUUGAUGCGGGAGAGGACCCACUGGAUGCGGAGAGUCAGCAGGGCGGCAACAACCCUUUCCACAGGAGCUGGAACACGUGGCAAGGAUUCAACCCCUUUGGUUCUGGAGGAGGACCAUUUACAUUCAAAUUUCACUUCAGUUAGAGCCAAGACUGUUUCUGGGUGGCUGCUGCUGUUUUUUACUUAAUUCGUUGAAAAAUAAAAAGUCUCUCAGUUCAAGACCCAAAAUCUUAAUUUCUAUAAUGUUGUCCUUAACCCAGAGUCUUACUGCACUAGAAGAAAACUCCUUUUUUCUUUCGUUGGUUUGUGAUGAGCUUGACAAGCUCACACUGAUGGGGGUUGUGCUGCCUAUGUAUUUGCUGUGGAUAUGCAGAACAGGUUUAUUCCUACGAUGGAAAAAACAGUAAGAUGCUACUUAGGACAACACUUAAAUUUAGAAUUCAAGUAUAUGCUUAAAGAUAAAAAUGCAUGUAAAUAUUUUUGUGGAUUGGGGCCUAAUAAAUAUGGCAAGGGUAGUUACAGUAGUCUCUACGUUAACAAACUGUUGGUUGUGCUCAGCAGAAUGAUCCAUCUCCCAGUAUUUUUAAGAGGAAACCCAAGUGACCCACCUGCUGGAUUGGUGUUGGCAGUUCCAGAGGUGGGGAAGAGGCUGCGCACUGAACCAAUCCCAACAGUCGCUCUGGGCAAAGAGUGCUUGGGAGAAACUGUAUCUGAAAUACCUGCUCACUUUGUUGUUCACUAACCUGAAAUUAAUUGGCGUGAUUUCCUUGGUGGAAUUGUCAGCAGUGAGGUGGGGAUGGGGGGAAAGACUUGUUUUUCAGAACAGUUCUUUUCUGAAUGUGAUUUUGGGUGUUUGUUUAGGUAUGAUUUUUGAGUAGUUUGCACUUCAACAAAAUACCUGCUUCAGAUUUGAGCAGAAAAUUUGAUGUGACAUUUCCCUGACUCUGCAGCAAUUUUUUGGUUCUGUACAUAAAGUCAGGACUGAGACAGGUUUUGAUGUGAGUGUACUGCAGGAGUGUGAUAUUAACUCCAGCCUUACCCUGCAAUACAACUUCAAUUCUGCUGCAUGACGCAACAGGGAGUUAGUACUACAUGAAAUUGUAGUAAUUUUGUUUUGUGUAACAGCAUCGGUACUGCAGAGACAGCUGUGUGCAAAAAGAGGGACUCAUUUCCCACUAGCCAAAAGUCUGUUUCUAAUUUUUUUUCUAUAUGUACAUUCUUAAAAUGGGGUUGGUGUAGUUUGUGGAGUCGUGUGAAUGCGCUGUGUGGUGUUACCAGGGCUGCAGCUGGUAGGAGUGAGGAGUCUUCGCGUUCUGUAACUGCAUCUGUCAUAAUUACUGACAUAAUUACUGAGUUUCAUCAGCAGCCAUUUUCUUGGAAUGCAAGAAUUACAGUUCAUCAGUGUUCUCUUGAUUGGAUUUUAACUGGAAAACAAUAAUCAGUUGAUAGGAGUUUUCUCUUGCUUCAACUCCUGGCACUUGAAAACGUAAGCAGCCUCAGUAAAACAAAUGAAAUUAGCAAAUAAGGCCUUCAGUCUGAAGGAGAGGGGUUUCUUACAGUAGAUGAAGUUGCUGUUGAAGCAGAACCCUUGGCUCCUGCCUCAAGUACUUCACCAACAUAAUUGCAAGGCCAUGCAGCUUUGUAAAAUGUUUUUCAACAGCAGUUUUAAAGGUCAGUGUUCACAAAUUUAUCUUCAAACUGAGGAGGUUGUGUGGCGAUUUUUAAUGGUUUAUGGUACAAAACCACCACAGCAGCCUCUUAAACUCCAGUGUUGGAUGUUCACUAAGUUGAAUGACUUUUCUACAAGUUCAACUUGUGCUUGUGACCUGUUGGAAAUAUUUUUGCUUGAGCUGUUGGAGAUGCUCAGGGCUGUUGAGAGCAUUCAAGGCUGGCACGGCUCUCAGGGGCUGGGGCCCUGAGAACAGACAGAACCUGACUGCACAGUGAGGAACCUGCUGCCCCAUGGGCUUGGCCUGUGUGCACCUGCUGAGUGCUGGCAGGACCUAAAGUUGGGCAGGUAGCUGUGGGGGGCAGCUGUGCGGCUCUUGUCAGCCCUGCACCCUGAGGGCGAGCUCCACCCAGCUGCGCUGGCCCUGGGGUUGUGUGCGAGCCAUUGGAACACUUCUGUAUUGCCUUGCUCACUGCAGCAGGGGCUGCUUUUAAAGUAUUGAGUAUUGAAUGAGCAACGUGAGUGAUGGGCCCAAUUUGGUACAUGCAGGAGUGGCUGGGCUGUGGGAAGUCACAGUAAAGACUGCAGCCAGCUGUGCUUUUGUGCCUGGGGACUGCUGGAAAUAAGUUCUCUUUCAAAAGACUGCCCUUGUGCAGCUUUAAAAGCUCGAGCUGAGAGAAUUGUUUCCUGAGGUUUAAUUUUUUUUGUCUUGAGAAGGAAUAAGAUGUUCCCUCAUGAGUAAAUUCUUCAUACAAGGCACUGAUGUUGGAGCAGUGUGGAUUUGUUUCUUGGAGACAGCGGGACAGAGAGGAACAAAAAAGGAUCAUGUGCAUUUUGAAAAUGAAUGAACGGGAACGGGAAAAUUACAUUUUAAGAACAACAAAGCUUGAAUGUAGUCAGUAGAAGAAGGAAGAUGAUUGAUGCAUGAUUGCUGUUCAUAGAUUCCUUUUGUUGGAAGACAGGUUCUUGGAAACAAUUGCAAAACACGACAGUGGAGAACAAGGCUCUCCUAGUAUUGAGCAGCUGCUGUGCACAAGAAGUGUUAACCACCCCGGUGCUGUUUCGAAGGGCGUUGAGGUAUUCUGGGAAAACAGAAAGACAAAGUUGUGUUUAAAAGAAACCAUUUGUGUUGCAAGGCUCUCCAGCUCCGGCGCUGCAUUUCCUGACAUGACUCUGGCAAAUGAAGUGCUGGUCCCAUGCUGAGUGUUAAUGAUGCAGACGACACGCAAGGAAGCUGAACUCGCCUUUUUAUUUAUUCGUGGGUGUCUGUAGUGCAAUAAUGUUCAGUAACUGAACAUUGAAGUAAAUGUCUCGGUAGUUUGUCAACCUUGAGAUGUGCAUGAAGCAUUGUUCCCAUCGUUGGCCCGGCUGUAGAUGCAAACUUUCUCUGUGGAGUUCUCUCAGUUCUAAUAAACCUGUUUCCUACUUGUUUUAAAAUGAAGGUGGGAGGGAGCAUAUUUUCCUUGGUAAAGUACUGAUACAAUAAUCGAUCAGUGUUAAAAGAGAUUCAAAGUGAAUUGCAAACUGAAGAACUCAAACUUGAGACAUAUGCAGAAAAUGUGUUAGCUUAAACUUUAAAAAAAAACCAACAAACCCUAAUGCUUGUUAUCAUUUCAGUUUUCAGACCGGUGUUUGGAACAAGAAUUAUUCUUCUGUUUAGGGCUGUGAUUUAUAGGAGCUUUGCUGGGAACUAGCCAGGAUAGCAUAGCAGGUUAGUUGUAUUUAAAAGUGCCUUAUUGUAAGGUAUUGUUUGCUCUGUGAUACACACUUUUAUCCAUGAAGCCGUAACAAAAUUAAUGGGAGGAUAAUUUUUUUUUUCGCCCUCAGCAAAUUACUAAGUAGCAGUUUCAUGUUUAAAGAAGGAUAAGUAAAGUUAGCCAGAGGUUUAUCAAAUGUUUCAGAUUAUAAAAUGUCUUUAUAUGGAAUCAUAAAUCUACAAAGCAAGAACUGUUUUUUCUAGAACUGUGGGAAUUAUUUUAUGGUAUUUUUCACAAUAAAGAUAUUUAUGAUGA